ACAGUCUCACCUGUUGUGCUGAUUGUAUCUCCAAUUUUGAAAAAGAGGCAGCCAUAUUCACAUCAGGCCAGCAAAACCCAUCUUCCUCUCUUCUUAGCUCUUGCAAUUCCAAAGACAUGGUCAAGGGUCCAACCAACUUGCCUUACUGGUUGCAGCCAUAUAAAGCUGACACCCAUCACAAGGAUGAUUUGGUUGAAUUGAAGAAAAGAUGGAACAGGUUAUGCCACAGCCUACACCAUCUAAGGCCUAAUCACAUCCUCCACCAUAAAGGCUCUUCCUUAUUCAACAACCAAAACUCAAGUGCCAAGAGGUAUACCUAUUCAAAAUCUUACCCUUGGUGGCCUUCCACAUCUCAGUACAAUCAAACCAGCAUUUUCCCUGAAUCGACUUCGAUUUCUUUCACCGAGUCUAUAUCGGAGACCAACCAUAUCACAAGCAUUGCAUCUCAAUUGAGAAGUCACGAAUCACGAACAAUUGAAUUUGGUUUCACUAAUGAAGAGGCAUGGGAACACCGGCAGUCAGAAUUCAGCUUGGAUUUUCUGAAAAGCAUGGAAAGCCAGGAAGUGAAGACCACUCUUGCUCUUGGCAAUCCUCUUUUCUCAGAUUCCAUGGCAUCCAAGGUUCAAAAAAGGAAGGAAAGAUGGACCCAAAAAGUGAUCUCUGUAUCUAUUGCAUGA